AUGCUAUACAAUGCUUUAGGAAAAGCACUCAUGCUUAAGAAUCUCUACUUAUAUACACAAUAUCAUGGAUUACUGCGUUUUGGUAUAGAGUUUACUAGCAUUUUCCUUUUCUCUACGCUAUUUGCAUCCCUCUGCCGUUUACUACUGCGCACAGAUUCGGAUUAUUUCAUAUCUUUUUGGGGUUUAGGAAACCUGACAUAUGAAUAG